AUGUUAUUUCACAGAAACUGUUGGGGUUUAAUUGGCGAUAACAUAUGGCAUAUUGUGUUAGGUGCUGCUGUAGCCUUUACUUGCGCAUGUUCAAGUGGGUAUGAUAGUUCACUCAUGACGUCCAUCAAUGGUAUGAAAGUCUAUCAGGAUCGGUUCAACCAAGGGAACUUGGACGUCGCAACAGGCAUCAUCUUCUCCAUUUACACCUUCGGCCAAAUGACAGGCUCACUCUGGGCCGGUAUCCUUUGCGAUAAGCUUGGUCGCCGCGCAGGGAUGUUUGCUGGAAACGUCGUGGUACUGAUCGCUACGGCUGUUAUCGCAAGUGCUGGAAAUCGUGGCCAAUUCAUUGCUGGAAGGUUCCUCCUUGGUAUGGGCAUCUCUGUCACUAUUAUUGGUGCCCCGACGUUUGCGGUGGAGAUAGCUCCGCCUCAGUGGAGAGGACGGAUCACAGCAUUGUACAACACAGGCUACUUCGGUGGAGCCAUACCAGCAGCAGCCAUCUCACUCGGUACUGAACGCUUAACAACCGAUUGGUCAUGGCGUAUUCCGAUUCUCGUUCAAUGCAUCCCAGCAAUCAUCGUAAUGUCGGUCGUGUUUUUCCUCCCAGAAAGUCCACGAUGGUUGUACCUUCAUGGACGGGAAGAAGAAGCGUUUGCGUUGUUGACGAAGUACCAUGGAAACGACGAUCCUAAUAACCCGAUUGUGAAGCUGCAGAUUGAGGAAUUUAAGGAGAAUAUUAAACAGAAUGCUUCUGAUAAACGGUGGUGGGAUUUUAGAGCUCUUAUUGCAACGCAUAAUGCACGUUGGCGAACUCUGAUGGUCCUACUCAUGGGUAUAUUCGGUCAGUGGUCUGGAAAUGGUCUUGGUUACUUCAACUUGUCCAUAUACAAAUCACUAGGAUACAAUACGCAAAUGCAGUUCAACAUGAACCUUAUUGGGCAAUGUUUGAAUGCACUCGUCGCGUGGUUCGCCUGUACUCUUGAAGAUCGUAUGCCGAGACGCCUAGUGUUAGUAUGGGGUACGUUUGGCUGCUCACUUAUGCUAGCUGCAAAUGCGGGAUUCUCAGCUACGUGGGCGUCGUAUGGUGAUGGGCCGAAGAACCUUAAUAUCGGACGUGCUGGCGCUGCGUUCUAUAUUUUGUUCAACCUGGUUUAUGCAUUUACUUACACCCCACUUCAAGCCUUAUAUCCAGCCGAAUGCCUCGAAACCACAACUCGCGCAAAAGGUCUCUCAAUGAAGAUCUUCGUCAUCGCUUGUACAUCGUUCAUCUCGCUCUUCUGUUCACCCAUCGCAUUUGGUCGUAUCGGCUGGAAAUAUAUUAUCGUCUUCAUCUUUUGGGAUGCGUUCGAAGCGGUUGUUUGGUAUUUCCUUUGUGUGGAGACGUGUGGGUAUACGUUGGAGGAAUUGGAUGAGAUUUUCUCGGAUCCGAAUCCAGUGAAGGCGUCGAAGAGGACGAAGAAGAUUGCGAUUAAGGAGAAGGAGGUGAUUUUAGUGGAGGAUGAUUGACGGGGCUGAUAGUUUUACAAUGACUUCCCUCCCUC